AUGCAGCGGGCGGCGGGGCUGGUCCGGCGGGGCUGCCGCCCCCGAGCCCCCGGCCCCUGGGGCCGUCGCCAGAGCAGCGCGGCCGCCGAGGCCUCGGCGGUGCUCAAGGUGCGGCCUGAGCGCAGCCCGCGGGAGCGCAUCCUCACCCUGGAGUCCAUGAACCCGCAGGUGAAGGCGGUGGAGUACGCCGUGCGCGGACCCAUCGUGCUCAAAGCCGGCGAGAUCGAGAUGGAGCUGCAGAGAGGUAUCAAAAAACCAUUUACUGAGGUCAUCCGAGCCAACAUCGGGGAUGCCCAUGCUAUGGGCCAGCAGCCAAUCACCUUCCUUCGGCAGGUGAUGGCACUGUGCACCUACCCAAACCUGUUGGACAGCCCCAACUUUCCAGAAGAUGCUAAGAAACGAGCCCGGCGGAUCCUCCAGGCGUGUGGAGGGAACAGCUUAGGAUCUUACAGUGCUAGUCAAGGUGUCAACUGUAUCCGUGAAGAUGUGGCGGCCUUUAUCACCAGGAGAGACGGCGUGCCUGCAGACCCAGACAACAUUUACCUGACCACCGGAGCCAGCGACGGCAUUUCUACCAUCCUGAAGCUCCUCGUCUCCGGGGGUGGAAAGUCUCGGACAGGUGUGAUGAUCCCCAUCCCACAGUAUCCACUGUACUCCGCGGUCAUAUCCGAGCUUGACGCCAUCCAAGUGAACUACUACCUGGACGAGGACAACUGCUGGGCCCUGAAUGUGGACGAGCUCCGGAGGGCAGUGCGGGAAGCCAAAGACCACUGUGACCCCAAGGUGCUCUGCAUCAUCAACCCCGGAAACCCCACAGGCCAGGUACAAAGCAGAAAGUGCAUAGAAGAUGUGAUUCACUUUGCCUGGGAAGAGAAGCUCUUUCUCCUGGCUGACGAGGUCUACCAGGAUAAUGUCUACUCUCCAGACUGCAGAUUCCACUCCUUCAAGAAGGUGCUGUAUGAGAUGGGCCCCGAGUACUCGAGCAACGUGGAGCUUGCUUCCUUCUACUCCACUUCCAAAGGCUACAUGGGCGAGUGUGGCUACAGAGGGGGCUACAUGGAGGUGAUCAACCUGCACCCUGAAAUCAAGGGUCAGCUGGUGAAGCUGCUCUCGGUGCGUCUCUGCCCACCAGUGUCUGGACAGGCCGCCAUGGACAUCGUUGUGAACCCCCCCGUGCCAGGAGAGGAGUCCUUUGAGCAGUUCAUCAGGGAGAAGGAAUCCGUCCUGGGUAAUCUGGCCAAGAAGGCAAAGCUGACAGAAGAUCUGUUUAACCAAGUCCCAGGAAUCCAUUGCAACCCCUUGCAGGGAGCCAUGUAUGCCUUUCCUCGGAUCCUCAUCCCUACCAAGGCUGUGGAGGCAGCUCAGUCCCAUAAAAUGGCUCCAGACAUGUUCUACUGCAUGAAGCUCCUGGAGGAGACGGGCAUCUGUGUUGUGCCUGGCAGUGGCUUCGGGCAGAGGGAAGGCACUUACCACUUCAGAAUGACCAUCCUCCCUCCCGUGGAGAAGCUGAAGACAGUGCUGCAGAAGGUGAAAGACUUCCACGUCAGAUUCCUGGAGAAGUACGCAUGAGGACACCUCACGCCCCAGGAGGUGACCCCCUCCUCGGUCUCCCUCCCAGUGCCAUCCAGGCCUCCCCCUCAGACUCUGCCUCAGGCCUCACAGAGGUCACUGGUCAUGCUCAUCGUCACCUUUCCCAAGAGACUUCUUUCUUUGUGCCUUGAUGCUGGAAGUACUUUUCUGAUCAAACGUGAAUUCGCAACGUCUUACAGGCCCUGGGUUUUUUCCUCAAGCAACCAAAGUGGAGGUGACUCACUCAGUAGUAGAUAGAUGUGGCCAGGGUUCUCCGUUGUCUUUGUUGUUGCUUUUGGAAAGUUCCUGGGGCUUUCAAACAGCCAGGGCGCAUUGAGUGAGAUGUUUAAGAUCUGGAGAAACAAGCAGGUGCCGGGGAAAAUAUAUGACGUAACCAUGGUAAGGACUGGAAACCCAAGACAGUGCGAUCUAUGAAAUAAAACCCUCAGCAGUAUGAAAAUCUAGUCUUUUGAACUACAGAGCCCAGAAGCCCAGUGUGAGCUCAGAGAAGGUCUGGGAUUCUGUCCUUAAGGCAGGCAGCCCGUCACAGAUGAGAAUGGUAAGAGCAUCAGCACAGGGUCCCACCUAGGUUGUGGUGAACUCUGGGGGGGUGGGCGUGACUAAGGUCCAAAGAGGAAGUGGGUGUGAGCCAGGCUCCAAGUCGAACUGGGUCUCUGCUUUUAAACAAUGCAGCAGGUGAUUAGGACUCAGCUUUGGGGUACAAGGGCUUUGGGGGUACAGGGAUCUCUUGUACAUGAUUUUAGUGAGACUUUGAUUGAAGAAGCCUGCCCAGACUUCAGGGACACCUCUCAGACCAGGAUCACAGGGUACAGCCCUGCAUUAUCCCAAUUAGGCUCCGGAGUUCUUUCUGCCGGUCUUCUCCAAAGGGCUCCACUGAGCUUUUGUACACAUUGCCCCCUGCAGGUGACAGCAGGGACGAACAGAGGCUCAAAAAUGCCUUAAACCAGGCGGUGAUUGUUAAGGACAAAUGGGAUUUGUUACAUUUUGUCGCUUUAGUUGAUCAAAGUGCCUGGUAGACUGGUUUCUGUGGAGGAGUGAAUACAGUCUGAUUGAAACUGUUUGGCCUUCAAGUUAGUUCCCACCUCCCCUCCCAGCUCUGUGGAUGAUCCUCAGUAGCACCAGCCAUCCCUCCAGGCAGGGCAACAGCCACUAAGCCUGCAUCUUCCUUGACAUCGGCAUACCUAGACGGGGCUGAGCACACUCCAAGGGAGCAGGUUGAAUACUCCUGCCCCACUCCCUGUUUGUCUCCUCCAGUGGGAAGUGAGGGAAGCCAUGAUCAGCUCAGGAACCCCAGGGGCUGGGCAAAUCCCCGCUGUGGAGCUGGAGGAGCCAGCCAGAGAAAUGAGAAGGGGCUAUGCAGUGAGUUUGGAACGAGCAGGGGAAUGCAAUAGAAAACUGAGCUGUCAUUACUAACUAGUUUGUCUCUGUGAAGGAAGUAGCUACAAUCUCAAAUAAUAAAAGGGAAUGUUCUGGAACCUUUCCUUCCUUAAAAAAAAAAAAAGCUGAAGGUCUGGGGAGAUGGCUCCGUAGCUAAGAACGCUUACUGUGCAAGUGUGAGGACCUGAGUUUGAUCUUCAGCAUCUGCAUGAACGUCCAGGCAUGGCCACACGUGCCUGUAGCUCCAGUACUGAGUGGGGCAGACAGUCUAGCUGAAAGAAACAAUAGUUCCAGGUUCAGUGAGAGAUUCUGUCUCAGGGAAGUGAGGCGGAAGAAUGGCAGGGGAGUGCUCGGUGGUCUCUGGUCCAUGCGCACAUGUCCACGGGUGCACACCUGUGCAUACGCCAUGCAGAUGCAACAUGCACGCCCAGCAAAAAUGUUUAAAGGUUUCACGUGUGUUUGCAUAUAAGCCAGAUGUGUUUUGAGUCUUGAGGUUCUUGAUGGAAAGGUUAAAAGAAGCUAGUAUAUUUUUUAUAUUUUUUGUAACAGUUGCUUUUUUUUCAUGGUGGGGGUGGGGAGAUAAGGGUUAAUAUUUACAGUCUUAACAAGUCCAGUAAUUUUUAUCAGUCUCUUUAGAUUAUAAAUAAUCCUCCAAACUUGGCAAUGUUUACAUGUUUCUUAAAAGAUGCCAUAUACACUUGGUUUGCUUUUUAAAUAAAAGGUUAGUUCUUCUAAGAUUAACUUCAGGUAGGAAUGUUGAUUACGAUAGAUUGGAUUUUCUACAGAUUCUAUACCAUGCCUUUGCUGUUCCAGCACCACCAAGAAAGUUUUGUCAUUUGGGGAUCACACUUUGAAUUGACAUUUGUGCAGUUUCUAUCCACCCAGAACUGCCGGUGGGUAAUGCCAGGGAGCCUAUGCCAGGCCAUAACUCGGGCAGUCACACCUCAAGGACACUGGAAUUUUCAGAACAGACGACGCACACCUGUUCUCACAGGCAUCUCCUGACAGAAGGUUUUUAAUAACUGCUUGAAAUUUCUAAAGAAUAAAAUGUGUUCAAACUGUGUUUAACUUUGUCAAUUAAACCAAAAAGUUGAGUAGACAUCACCAAUUUUACA